CCGGCUGCCGGUUGCGUGCCUGGCGAGCGCGAGACGCGCAGGAGGCCGGCCCGAGCUUGCGCUUGAGGACCCCGCCAGUCGCGACGGCGCGAGCGCGCCUUGCUUCCCGUCCUCUGCCUCCGCCCGUCCCGCCGUGCACCUCUCCUGCCGACCAGCAGCAGCUCGCACGCCUCCAGUGCUUCCGGCUGCUGAAGUGUGCCUGGCAGCAGCAGCAGCGCAGCGCCCGAUGCAAGCGCGCCGUCUCGCUGCCCUCCGCCGCUCCGCGUCCGUGCUGCCGUCCACGAGCAGCCGCAGCAACACACUUGCCCAUCUGCGUCUUGCGCCUCGCACCUUCUCACCACCACCUCGCUUCACCGCACCUUUCGUCCGCGCCUUCGCCUCGCAGCACACGCCGCCGCCGCGCCGCCCCACCUCUGUCCGGCCGCUGCCGUCCUCGCCGCUGUCCUCAGCGCCGCCCACCGACGCCCAGGCGCAGUCACAGACCGCUCCCGCCGCGCCGCCGCCGCGGCAACUCGGGCCUCCGCGUCUCGUGCGCCACCCCACCGACUCUGGCUCGCCCGACGCGCCCUUCCUGCGCGCGCCUGCUCGCCUGCCUCCUCCGCCGGGCGCUCCCGCUCCUCGCAGACUCUUCGCGUUCCGCAACUCGGCGGCCGAGGCGGGCAUCGAGCGUGCUGCCUUGCAGACUGGCGCACUCCUUCAGCGGCAGAUCCUACAGCGUGAACCUGAGCAGCAGUCGUCCGAGAUGGGCAAGAAGAUCGUCGACAGCAGCACGGCUGCCGAGGCACAGCUGCGCCAGCGCGCCAAGCCGCAGGCGGCGCAUGCGCACGCCGCUGGCGCACACGCCCACUCGCACGCACACGGGCACCAUGGCCACGACCAUGCCGUGACGGCGGAGGAGGCGGACCGCAUCUUUGCGGCGCUGCAGGGCAAGGGCGACCGCGGCUCCAACAUCACCCUCAUCGGCCUCGGCUCCAACCUCGUGCUCUGCAUCGCCAAGACGAUUGCCGGGGUGCUCCUGCACUCGGCCUCUCUGCUCGCCGACGCAGCGCACUCUCUCUCCGACAUGUUCUCCGACAUCGUCACGCUCUUCUGCUGGAAGAUGUCGCGUCGGACACCGUCGGAGACGCACCCGCUCGGGUACGGCAAGUACGAGACGAUGGGCGGGCUGGGCGUCUCCGUCGUGCUCGUCGCGGGCGCACUGGGCAUCGGCGCACACUCGUACGGCCUGCUGCUGCACGCCCUCGAGCCGACACUGCUCAACGCGCCCGCGUUCCUGCAGACGCUGGGCGCGUGGACCGGCGCGAUGGCGUCGGGCGCGAGCCAUCUGCAUGAGCACAGCCAUGAUGACGCAGCGGGCCUGCUCGAUCCCAACGCCAUGUGGUUCGCAGCUGCCAGCGUCGCGGUCAAGGAGUGGCUCUACCGCGCCACGCUCAAGGUCGCAAAGGAGGAGAACAGCAGUGUGCUCGAGGCAAAUGCGCUGCAUCACCGCAGCGACUCGCUCUCCUCGGGCGUCACGUUCCUCGCCAUUCUCGGCUCCUGGCUCGGCUUCCCGGUGCUGGACCCGUUGGGCGGUCUGCUCGUCGCCGGCCUCAUCGGCAAGCAAGGCUUCGAGCUCCUCCUUUCCGCGCUCGGCGAUCUCACGGACCGCGGCGUCGAGCCCGAGGUGCGCGAGGAGCUGGCGCGCGUGCUGCAGGAGACGCUGGACGGGCUGGAGGCGGCCGCACCGCAGGGCGUGACGUUCAAAGAGCUCACAGGCGUCAAGCAUGGAGUCGCUAUGAUUGUCGACGUCACGCUGUGCAUGCCUGCGGGCACGACGCUGCAGCAGGCACAUGAGGUGGAGCUCAAGGUGGUCAGGGCGCUCGAGGAGAGCAACAAGGGAAUCAAAGAGGUGCGCGUGAGACUCGACGUGCUGCAGCAAUGAGGAG